AUGGCUCUCGUCAAUUAUUCCGACUCAGAAGCUUCCGACUCCGAGCAAGAAAAUGUGACCCAACCCCAACAGAAGAAACCCGUCCCUGCACCCGCGCCUACACCCGCCAAUAAUCCCCCCAAACAACCCUCCAGCGCAAACUUCUCGUCCAUCGUCGACCGCAGUAACCCUCGCAAGAUCCGUGUCGCAUUACCCGAAAUCAAACCAGAGACUGCACAUGGUGACAAGGAAGGCGAAGAUGGACCUGCGCGGAAGAAACCCAGGUUAGGUGGAGGUGGAGGAGCUUUCUCGGGAUUCAACGCGAUGCUACCGGCUCCGAAGCGGAAGACUGUUACGGCGGAUAAGGAUAAGAAGCCUGCUGGGUCUGCGCGGAAGGUGUUUGGUUUGAAGACGGGUGCGGCUCCGGGAUUCGAUCGUUCGGCUGAUGCGGAGAUGCGGCAUAACCAGGCUUUGGAGGGCGGUGAUGAGGAUAUCCCUAAAGCGGGAAGUCUACAGGCUGAGGAUUAUGCUGAAGCAGGAGGUACUACAGAAACCAAGCCUCCACAGAAGCCGGAAGGAGAGGUAAAACUGAAGGGCAACGCGAUGAUGUUUAAACCGCUUUCUGUGGGACGGAAUCAGAAGAAAAAGCCCCCCAAGGCCCCUACACCUUUACCUGCUGCCGAUGAAUCGAAGCCAGUUCCACAACCAAAGCAGCAGCAGCAGCAACAUGCACAACAGGCCCCUCCACCACCUGCACCAAAACCCAAAGUCAGCCUUUUCUCCAUAUCCUCGGAAGAAUCGUCCGCAACAGCUCCCUCGAAUGGUCCUGCUGAGAGCACGAGUUACCAACCGUUGGUCUAUAACACAACCCCCGAUGUACCUGUAGCAGGUCCCACACUAGAAUCUGAAGCCACCACUGCAUCAGCGGCAUCAACCGCAGCGCCGCAACAGACCCAAACGCUUGACAACAUUGCAGACGACCUCAAUCUUUCUCGUGCUCAAAGACGCCACCUGUUUGGCCGCCAUGGAGAUACAUCCAAUUCUCGGAUCCUCAACUUUAACACAGACACAGAGUAUGCCGCCAACCAAGAAAUGGCGCAGGGCACAGAUCUUGCCGCAGCUCAACACAAUCCCGUGCGGGCAAUUGCGCCAGGAAAGCACACUUUGCAACAGUUGGUCAAUGCUGCCAGCAACCAGCGGGAUGCUCUGGAGGAGAGCUUUGCAACGGGACGGAGGAACAAGAAAGAGGCUGGGUCGAAGUAUGGGUGGUGA